UUCAUUCAUCUCUCUCAUUCUCCUUCUCUCUUUCUCUCUCUGGUUCGGUUUGUUUUUGAUUUUAUAUAGAUUUUGAUUUUGGUGGAGAUUUAUGGCGGAGGUGGUUGUGAGCAAGACCGGUUUGUUCUCGUCAUGCCAUCAUCAAAACAUGUCUUUGUUUCCCAAGACUUCUGGGUCUUCUAAUCUCUCGGUCUCGUUCCCACCAAAGAGCGACUUUCAUGGCCAACGGAUUGGGCUUCAACAGCUCGGACGACCCUUUCCCACUCCGCAAUUCCAACCUGUUCAUUCACAGCUUCAGCAGCCGGGUUUUCGGAUCGGUAAAGCUCAUAAAUGGUGGGAAAAAGGGAAUCAGCCCAAUAUGAAAGAGGUGACAUCAGCACAAGACCUUGUGGAUUCCCUUUUGAACGCAGGAGAUAAGCUUGUCGUGCUUGAUUUCUUCUCUCCCGGUUGUGGUGGCUGCAAAGCUCUUCAUCCCAAGAUAUGUCAAUUUGCAGAGAUGAACCCAGAUGUUCAAUUUCUUCAGGUGAACUAUGAGGAACACAAAUCCAUGUGUUAUAGCCUCAAUGUUCAUGUCCUACCCUUCUUCCGCUUCUAUAGUGGAGCUCAGGGUCGUGUAUGCAGCUUUAGCUGUACAAAUGCCACGAUAAAAAAAUUUAAAGAUGCGUUAGCCAAACACAAGCCAGAACGCUGCAGCCUUGGGCCAACUAAGGGGUUGGAGGAGAAAGAGCUCCUUGCUCUCUCCGCUAAUAAAGAUCUUGAAUUCACCUACACCCCUAAAGAAGUUGAGGCCGUGCCUGCAAGAGCGGUUGAGGAAAGUUUUGUGACAGCACCAUCUUGUUCAGUUCGGGAAUCAUUUCCUCUGCCUUCAACAACAUUGAAGUCUGGUAAAAUCUCCGAGGAGAGGAGCAUAGUCAGUGCUGGGAGAUGAUGCGAUGCAGUCAGGUUUUUACAGUCCGUCUCUGUCAUUAGAGCCCCUGUACAGCUGUGAUGUUUUCUUACUGUAUUGUAAAGAUGCAUGCUAGGGAUCAGGAUAAUAGUGAAGGUUAAGUCAAUACUGAGAGUUGUAGCAGGCUUUGGGAUAUGUUUUUGGGGAAUCCUUGGCUGAAAUAUGGGAGUAAAUUGAUGAGCUACCAAUUGUACGUAAUCAUUGGUUUGCUCUGUUAUGUUGUAAUUGUGUAAUGUAAAAUGCUUAUCCAUGCUUUAUCCGUGGAUGGAAGAAUUAUUGGAGUGUAUCUGUAAGUAUGCAACCAUAUUUGAUAACUAGCGUUAGCGAUUGAAUAAAUUAUACUCUUCCAAUU